AAUAUCUAAGAUCAUCUUAAUGAAACAAAAGAAGCCUAUUGAAUUUCAACAAAUUGUAUCAAUCACAAGUAAUGUCUUUUGUUUUAGGUUAUAGAAUCUUGUGAAGACUCUAAUGUUUUAUGAACCUAGUUUGUUUUAAAAAAAAAAUAAAACCCAACCCAUUAUUAUGGAAUAACUGGGUCUUGUUAAUUCUCCCAUCACCUACAAAAGAAUAAACAUGCAACAGCCUCUAACUAUGUUUUGUUGCCUGCCAACCUACCCUAGUUAGUUUUUUAUUUUAUAAGUGGGAUGAAAAUAUUGGUAAAUUGGUAUGUGCAAUGGGAAUAUUUGUAGGGGCAGUGGUCAUCAAGAACAUAUAGAAAGUUUAUGAAAGAUGUUGUCAGUUUUAUAUUUACUGGCUGUUCAAGGCUUUAUAUUUGUUCACUCAGCACAAAAACCAAACAUUAUAUUAAUUGUUGCUGAUGAUUUGGGUUAUGAUGAUGUAAGUUUUCAUGGUUCUAAUCAGAUUCCUACACCAAAUAUAGAUUCUCUAGCUAAUAAAGGAAUUUUAUUAAAUAAUUAUUAUGUACAACCUAUCUGUACACCUACUAGAAGUGCUCUAAUGACAGGAAGACAUCCUAUACAUACAGGAAUGCAACAUUCUGUAAUUCAUGGAUCCGAACCAUAUGGUUUACCAUUAACAGAAACUUUAAUGCCACAAUAUUUGAAUGAAUUAGGAUACAGUUCACAUAUAGUAGGAAAGUGGCAUCUUGGAUUUUUUGCUAAAGAAUACACACCACUUUAUCGGGGAUUUAAAAGUCAUCUAGGUUACUGGUUGGGAAAAGAAGAUUAUUUUGAUCAUGUGUCAGAAGCUGCUAUGCAUGAAUCUGGUCUUGAUUUUAGAGCCAACAUGUCUGUGUUAUCCAGUGAAAAUGGUACUUAUUCUACAGAAUUAUUCACAAAUGAAGCUGUUAAACUUAUAACUGAACAUGACCAAUCAGAGCCGUUAUUCCUGUAUUUACCAUUCCAAGCUGUACAUGCUGGUAAUGCAGACCAUCCACUACAGGCUCCACAAAAAUAUAUCGACAGAUUUCCUAAUAUACAGAAUAUGAGUAGACGAAUAUUUGCUGGAAUGGUAUCAGCUCUAGAUGAUGGUGUUGGUGCUGUAGUAGAAGUGUUGUCAACAAAGGGAAUGUUAAAUAAUUCUAUUAUCGUGUUUACUACUGAUAAUGGUGGACCAGCAGAUGGUUAUAAUGGAAAUGCUGCCAGUAACUUUCCUCUAAGGGGAAUAAAAGAAACUUUAUGGGAAGGAGGAGUAAGAGGAGAUGGUCUUAUUUACAGUCCAUUAUUACAGAAUUCUCAGUAUGUUUCUGAACGUAUGAUGCAUGUUUGUGAUUGGUUACCUACUUUAUAUCGAGCAGCUGGUGGUGACCCCACUACCAUGAAAAAUCUGGACGGAUAUGACAUGUGGGAUGUUCUCUCCAAUAAUCAACAGAAUUCUCCUAGAAAAGAAAUUUUACAUAAUAUAGAUCCUAUAAGAAAGCAAGCUGCUAUUCGUAUCAGAGAUUAUAAGUUGUUAUCUGGUGAAGUGGGUGUGGCAUAUGCUGAUUGGUAUCCACCAUAUCAAGUGGACGAAGAUUCAUAUAAUUUACAUGUUGAUAAUUACAAGGGACAAACAACCUACAAGAAUAAUGGACAGUUGAAAGAUGUGAUUGAAAUGAGUAUUUCUGAAAACAGAUUGAAGGCUGUUGCAGUAAAUUGUGGACCUAAACCAGCAAAUGCUAGUACAAACUGUCGACCUUUGACCUCGCCAUGUUUAUUUCAUAUUCUAUCUGACCCGUGUGAAUAUAAUAAUAUCGCAGAUUCAAAUAAAGACAUUGUUAUCCAGUUACUACAACGAUUACAAGAAUUAAGUUAUACCAUGGUACCACCAGGUAACAAACCGGCAGAUCCAAGAGGGGAUCCAAAAUAUCAUAAUGGUGUCUGGUCACCUUGGAUCAACCCUUAAAUAUCAUAAAUACCAUAAUGGUAUCUGGUGAUCCAAAAUAUCAUAAUGGUAUCCUAUUAUCUUAUAAAACUUCUAAAUGAAAUGAUAUCUGGUGAUCUUGUAAAACUUCUAUAAAUGAUAAUGGUAUCCAUCUGCUCUCUGGGAAAUUGAUAAGGGUAUCUAGUGAUCUUGUAAAACCUCUAAAUAUAGUGGUCUUUGGUGAUCCUAAAUAUCAAUAACUAGGUACCAGCAUUGUGGGGUCAAAGCCAUGACUUGCAUAGAUAACAGGUAUACAAUUAUUAUUCAGUUUUUGCCCCCAACAUUGUCUGAGAAAGUUCCUGUGGAUUUUUUGGUGCAGGGCCCCCUUGUCUCCGAUAUAAACUUGCUUUCUUAUAGGAUCUUGUCUGCAGGAUGGAGGGCCUAGUCAUUCAAAUUUAACAACAAAAAAAAACCGAUGUUCUUUGUACACAUUGACUGGCAUGCAUGUAAAAGACUUCCUUGUUAGCAAAAUGUCCCUCAUAGCACACUGUAUGGUAUAUGCCUGUCUUCAGUAGCCCAGUCGGUGCAGUAGGAUGUUAAACCCCACUUAUUUCAGAGCAUAUAUUUAAAAAAACAUUCAAGAUAUUCUUUAUGAAUCUUUGUACACAUAUCACCUGUUUACUAAUUUGUCAAUUCUAAAUUGACAAAUUUUUGUGUUUCUAUGGGAGCACAUUUCAUUUAGUUUUUGGUUUGCAAUUAUUUUUUGGAGUACAUUCAAGAUAUCUUUAUGAAAGUAUGAAAUUUUGUUUUCAUUCAUACAUCCAGAACUUCAGUCUUUUUAUCGUAGUAAUUUUUGUUCAGCAUAACUUGGUUGCCUGAUACUAUUUGAGGAGGCUGGAUGAUAUUUAGUGAUGCCCAAUACUAUUUGAGGAGGCCUUAUGAUUUUUAGGGAUGCCCGAUACUAUUUGAGGAGGCCUGAUGCUAUUUGGGAAGGCCUGAUGCUAUUUGAGGAGGCCUGAUAUUUGGGCAUGCCUAAUACUUUUUAGGCCUCUCUGAUACUAUUUGGACAUCUUUGAUAUAGACUACUGGUGGGUGGUGAUUGCCAAUAAAAGAGAUUGUAAUUGUCAAAACAUGUCCAUAUGGAUGAUUGAAGCUUUUUGUUUUAUUUCAUUGAUAUAAAUGAGAUUAAUGUUUUUUAUCUAAUAAAUGUACC